UUGAAACGGUCAACUGUUAAUUAGUUCGGCAUGUUUUGUGCUAAUACGACGCGAAAGUGUGAAUUAAAUUUUGAAAUAAACAAUUGACAAUUUUUAAAUAAAAUAAAAAUAAACAAAGACAACAAAAAUAAAAUAUAUAUAUAAAAUAAAAUUUUAAUAGAAAAAAGUAAACACAAAUUAUAAAUAUUUAUAUUUACUUAUGUACUAAAAACAUGUGUUAAUAUUUUGUGUUUAAAAAAAAAUAUAUUUUUCAACGAAAAAAUAUAUAAAUUAAGAAAAAAAAAUAAAAUCAAUUUUUAUGAGUUAGCUCAAUACCUUUCUAACUUUCCCAAAUAUUGCUCAAAUAACUCAAGACUAUGGCCGAUGAAGAAGCCAGUCCACGACCAUUUCGUCGUGAACGCAACUUAAGCAAUCGUAAUUUUAAUAAACGAGGCUCAAAUCGUAGACGUUUUAGUACCGAAAGUCAUAAUUCAACAGAUUCCAAAGUGUACAAUUUUACCAACUCUCAGGAAGAGACAAAAUCAACUAGAACAACACCUGAUCGCUCAGAAGACAUAGACACAUCCUCAAUUUCCCUUAGCACACCAACAUCUGCCACGCCCAGCGUCACUUCCAGUUCAAUGAACAUUUCAUAUUCCGUUAAUUCCGAUACCGAAAAUGCUUUUAAUAAAAAGUCGAUACUAAAAAUGCGUUCCAUCGAUAUAGAUAUAAAUGAGAACGAUAAUGAAGAUCAUCAACUUAAUGAUGAUGUAAUUGAUACAAGAUAUUCUUGUCAUAUUAAUCAUGGCAGUGGAAAAAAACUACAACGACAAACCCCCACAACACCACAAUCACCGGAUCCCGCAUUGUUGGGUGUAAAACAGAAAUUAUUAUUAUUCGAAAAUCUACAAAUCGAAGAACGUGUGCUUAGUAAAACAACAAAAUACAAAUCUAAAUCUUCACAAUCGCUCUUAAUGAGUGAACGUGCUAAUUCAUCUAGUUCGCUAACAACACCCUCCUCAACAUCCGGUUCAUAUUUAGUGCAAGCUUAUCCCAUGGGUAAUACCCAUAACUCCAAGAUGGAUGAUAAACGUAAUUCGGUAUUUCACAACAGUAUUGAUGAAGGACGUUCUGAAGAUGAAGUGGACAGUAUAAAGGAUGAAAUUAAUGAUGAUGCAGAGCUAGAGUGUAGUGAUAGUGUACAAGAUGAAUUUGGUGUUUCAGAGGCAGGAGAUGAAGGUCAAAUCGGAGAGCAAAGUCUACCAGUAGCAGCCAUAAAUAAAUCAUUUUUAACACCCGUCUUUCAACAUUCCCAAAGUCAUCCUGAAGAGAUUAAGAAGAGCUCAAAGGAAACAGAAGAAAGUGGACCGGAUAAAACGGAUGCCACUAGUGCAAAGACGAGAAAUAAAGAUUUUCCAAGAAAUUAUCGCUCUCGUCCUAAGACUGAAAUAAUUACAGGCUCUGACCUUCCGCCGCCUGAUACCACAAGAUUUAUGUCAUUGCAUCAUAAACCAAAACAAAGUGAACCCGACGACGAGGAACAAAUUGAAUUGCGUGACAAAGGCUACAGUUUCAUACGACCCAUUCUAGAAGAACUAAUCAAAACGGAGGAGUCCUAUGUGGAAAACCUUUGGAUUGGCAUCAACAACUAUGGCAAUAUAUUCCAGCGUAGCGAUUUACCCAUAGGUUUAAGAGGGAAAAAACAUGUACUAUUCGGCAAUGUAGAACAGAUAGCGGAAUUUCAUCGUGAUGAAUUUCUACCCAUGUUGCAGCGCAACAGACAUGAUUUAAAGAGAAUAUUUGAUGAGUUUCAACAGUAUAUAGAUAGUAACUGCUUUUAUGGUUAUGUAUUAUUUACCAUGAACAAACAGAGAUCAUUGAAAUUGUGUGAUAUGUAUAAAAAUUACUUUAAGCUUUUACAAACUGAAAUCGAUGAUAAGUUGGGUAUUAAUAGCUUUUUGGUGCAACCUAUACAACGUAUGGCCCGUUAUCCGUUACUGUUGCAACAGUUUAUAACGACCCUAUUUAAAAAUCGAGAUUAUGUUAUGAAACCCAUUAUUGAAUCCUGUUGUCGUUUGGAGAAAAAGUUAAGAAAUCUCUUGACUACCACCAAUGAAUCGGAGAUAAUCAAUGAUAUUGUGUGUCCAAGUGAACCUAAUGAGUUCAAUGUUCUCUACCAGGGAAAAUUCCGCAAAGUUAGUGAAUUCCAUGUCUACGAUCACACCCUUAAGCGUAGCUAUCGUUCUAAGGUGUUCAUAUUCGAUAAAUGCAUUAUCUAUACCGAAAUCAAAGGUAAACAACUGAUAUUCCACGGUCGUUAUCCUUGUGAACAUAUUGGCAUAACAUCGAAAACAAAACAAUUCACUUUAUACUAUGAUCAUCGCAAACAACAGGAAUGUGAUUUUAUAGCUGAUCCGCCCUUAAUCGAAUUAUGGUUGGAACUAAUACGUGACAUGAUAAGUGCUUAUGCUGCCGAGGAACGUAGAAAAAUGAAAGAAUUACAUUCGCAUGAAUUCAAUGGCGAUCAUAUGCAUCGUAAACCUGCCAAUUUAUCAUUGUUUCGUGAUUCGAAUCGUUUUAGUAGUGAUAGUGGUAUAGGCAAUAUAUGGGUUGUACCCAAACCGGAACAGGAAGAGGCCACCAAUAAUCGCACCACCUGGUAUGCUGUGUCGUAGGCAUUGUAGCGAUUAAGGCAGCUGAAGGUAAAACACCUU